AUGACGGAGUGGCAGAAGAUGUGCAACCUCGGAAAGCACGACGCGAACAGAAACAACCCAUCUUCAAUACAAUCCGCCAUGCCGCCUGGGCCUGUCCAGAUUGUUACCCCAGAGCCUAGCAAGAAUGAACCGACCGAGGAAACUCCAGCAACAAAACCCAUUGUAGGGAUCAUCUACCCCCCUCCAGAAGUUCGAAACAUUGUGGACAAGACAGCCAGCUUUGUUGCUAGAAAUGGGCCAGAAUUUGAAGCAAGGAUCCGUCAAAAUGAGAUCAACAAUCCAAAGUUUAAUUUCCUCAACCCCAAUGAUCCAUACCAUGCCUAUUAUCGCCAUAAAGUCAAUGAAUUUAAGGAGGGCAAGGCACAGGAGCCAUCUGCUGCCAUUCCCAAAGUUAUGCAGCAGCAACAGCAGCUGCCACAAAAGGUUCAAGUCAUCCAGGAAACUGUGAUACCAAAAGAACCUCCUCCCGAAUUUGAGUUCAUUGCAGAUCCACCUUCCAUCUCGGCAUUUGAUCUGGAUGUGGUCAAACUCACCGCACAGUUUGUGGCUCGUAAUGGGCGGCAGUUUCUCACUCAGCUCAUGCAGAAGGAACAGAGGAAUUAUCAGUUUGACUUUCUACGACCUCAGCACAGCCUUUUCAACUACUUUACCAAACUGGUGGAACAGUAUACUAAGAUCCUCAUACCUCCAAAGGGCCUUCUCAACAAGAUGAAGAAAGAGGCUGAGAAUGCCAAAGAAGUUAUGGAUCAGGUGAAGUAUCGAGUUGAAUGGGCAAAGUAUCAGGAGCGUGAAAGGAAAAAGGAGGAGGAAGAAAGGGAGAAGGAGCGUGUUGCGUACGCACAAAUUGACUGGCAUGACUUUGUAGUAGUGGAGACGGUGGACUUCCAGCCGAAUGAACAAGGUCACUUCCCACAUCCGACAACACCAGAGGAGCUUGGGGCGCGUAUUCUCAUCCAAGAGCGCUAUGAGAAAUUUGGGGAAAGCGAAGAAGUGGAGAUGGAGGUUGAGAGUGAGGAUGAAGAUGAUGAAAGAGAAGUUCGACGUGAAGUACAGCCCUCUCAGCCUGACCAAGACACACAAGUGCAAGACAUGGAUGAGGGAUCUGAUGAUGAUGAUGAGGGAAUGAAGGGACCAAUGCCUCCAGAGACUCCUAUGCCACCACCUCUUCCACCAACACCAGAUCAAGUUAUUAUUCGCAGAGAUUAUGAUCCCAAAGCUUCCAGACCACAACCCUCAGUUGCUGUCCCAGAUGAGUACCUAAUUUCACCCAUUACUGGAGAGAAGAUUCCAGCCAGCAAGAUGCAAGAGCACAUGCGUAUUGGCCUGCUAGAUCCACGCUGGAGAGAACAGAGGGACCGAAGCAUCCGAGAUAGACAAACUGAGGAUGAGGUGUACGCUCCUGGUCUAGAUAUUGAGAGUAGUCUGAAACAACUGGCAGAAAGACGUACUGAUAUCUUUGGUGUUGAAGAAACUGCCAUUGGUAAAAAGAUUGGGGAAGAGGAAAUUCAAAAACCAGAGGAAAAGGUUACAUGGGAUGGUCACUCUGGAAGUAUGGCACGCACACAGCAGGCAGCGCAGGCCAACAUCACUCUCCAAGAGCAAAUUGAAGCUAUCCAUAAAGCUAAAGGACUGGUUGGAGAAGAUGACGCCAGGGAGAAAAUUGGCCCGAGUAAGCCCAAUGAAAUUCAUCAUUCUCCCAUGUCUGGCUUAUCUUUAUCCAAACCUAUGUCCAUGCCUCGUCCACCUCAUGUGCCCCCUCCAGUCCGUACCACAUUGCUUUCUGCUGUACCUGUCAUUCCAAGGCCACCUGUACCCCCUAUUGUGCGCUUGUCCCCCAUGCCUCCCAUGCUUCCUCCAACUCGCAUAAACGUGGUCCCCAUGCCGCCAUCAGCUCCUCAUCUUAUGGCGCCCAGGCCACCUCCAAUGGUGGUUCCAACUGCAUUUGUUCCAGCGCCACCUUUACCACAGCCUCCUGCUCCAUCACCUCAAGUGCACCCACCUCCACCUCACGACGAUGAACCACUCAACAAGAAAAUGAAGACUGAGGACAACCUGAUUCCCGAGGAGGAGUUUCUGCGCCGAAGCAAGGGUCCAGUGGCAGUCAAAGUACAGGUUCCCAACAUGCAGGAUAAGACUGAAUGGAAGCUGAACGGCCAAGUGCUGAAUUUCACUGUUCAUCUUACUGACCAGGUCUCUGUUAUCAAAGCUAAGAUCCAUGAAGCAACUGGUAUGCCUGCUGGAAAACAAAAGCUUCAAUAUGAGGGAAUUUUCAUCAAAGACUCAAACUCUCUUGCUUACUACAACAUGGUCAGUGGGAAUAUCAUUCAUCUGGCUUUGAAAGAAAGAGGAGGGAGGAAGAAGUAA